AUGAUCUCUCUUAACCUCACCACCCUCGCCCUCUGCCUCGUCCUGCCUGCCCUCGCUACCAGCCAUGUCCGCCGCGACGACUGCGCCGGCUUCGCCACGGGCGCCAGCCUAGGCGAUACCUGCGAAUCGUUUGCCGACAACUGGCAUAUCUCGCUUGACACGCUCAAGGAGCUGAAUCCCGGCCUUGACUGCGAUGAUUUCGAUGACCAGGGGUUGUACUGCAUUAAUGAGGGGGAUGAGGCGAGCUCUUCUUCUGUUACCUCUGCCUCUACCUCUACCUCCACCUCUGCCUCUGCCUCUACUUCCACCGCGGCGUCGACCUCUGCUUCGAAUGCUACUUCGACUACGGGUGCUACCUCUACGCCUACGUCUGAUGAGGAGGAUGCCGAGCCGACGAACGGGGCUCAGAUGCAGGCUCCUGGGUUCUUUGGUGUUGCGGUUGGGUCUCUGCUCUGGCUUUUGGUGGCUUAG